CGAAAGCUGGACUGUCAAAGUCACAGGCUCGCAGGCAUAUCUUCGGAAGCAUCUUGACUAUGGCGCAAAUUGAAAAAUGGAAAUAGUGUCUGGUCUGGUGUCUUAUACAGUAUCCAAGGUUUUGCAGCUCUCCAGAAUUUCUCAACACAAGAAUGCACAAACCAACAAAAAGAUGGAAGAGAAAGCACUAGAAGUUUAUGACGUGAUUCGUACUAUUCGGGACCCGGAGAAACCCAACACACUAGAAGAGCUGGAUGUGGUGUCUGAGAAAUGCGUUGAGGUCCAAGACCUAGGCGAUGAUGAAUAUCUUAUCAUUAUCAAAUUCACCCCGACAGUACCCCACUGCUCACUAGCAACGUUGAUUGGUCUUUGUUUACAAGUCAAGCUCCAGAGAUGUUUGCCCUUUAAACACAAGUUGGAAAUUUACAUUUCUGAAGGAGCACACUCUACAGAGGAAGAUAUUAACAAACAGAUCAACGACAAGGAGCGGGUUGCAGCCGCCAUGGAGAACCCCAACCUGCGGGAGAUAGUGGAGCAGUGCGUGACUGAGCCUGAUGACUGAGGCCUCAGCACGCCUCACACGGACCAGAACCUCUGUGUUCAAAGGGCACUCAGUUAGCCAUGGGAGAGCGAGGCUUCCCCAAAACCUCAACGUAUGUGUAGCUAUCAUGUUACCACCGGUAACCCCAACUGAUUUGAGCCAAUCAUAGUGUUUUCGCCGAACUUUCUCAUCUCUGCUUUCAGUAGUUGACA